AGAGAGAGAGAGAGAAGGGGGACUCCGCCUCAACCGCGUUAGCACCCAAAGGCUCCAAUUCAGGAAUAAGACGGUGGAGGAACCGCAAACAUAUCGAGGAUACCGAGCAUCACUGUAUGGGGUGCCCGUGAAGCAGUGACUUGGGUGUGGGCAGGUGGGGGCGGGGCUUGGGUAGCGGAAAAAGCACAAGCGACGGUGCCUGCGACCAUGACCGGCUCGCACGACUCGCCGCCGCCGCCGCCGCCGCCUCCCCAGCGGAGCUUUCCUUGAGGUGUUGCUCGGUAAACGCUCCGAGAAUACUGUCAGCCGACACGACACGACGAGGAAGAGGAGGUGGUGGAGGAGGAGGUGGUGGUGGUGGAGUACUGGUGAAAAACAUGUCCGCCUCGGUGGGGCCACAGAGCGGCCCUCGCCCACCCACCGCGCCGUCAUCCAUGCCGGAUCUGCCGGACUUGAGCCAUCUCACCGAGGAGGAGCGGAAGAUCAUCAUGGGGGUGAUGGCUCGGCAAAAAGAGGAGGAGGAUAAAGAAGAAGCCAUGCUAAAAACACUGCACCAGCAGUUUGAGAGCUAUAAGCAGGAAGUACGACGCAUCGGGGCAGAGACGCGGCGUCAGCAGACCCAGCCGAAGGACGACGCGCCCACCUGUGGCAUCUGCCGCAAGACCAAGUUUGCAGACGGCUGUGGUCACCUCUGCUCCUACUGCCAAACCAAAUUCUGCGCUCGUUGUGGAGGCCGAGUGUCCCUGCGUUCCAACAAUGUAAUGUGGGUAUGCAACCUGUGCCGUAAGCAGCAAGAGAUUCUCACUAAAUCAGGAGAAUGGUUUUCAGAGUCAGGGGUGCGGCCUGGGAACCUGGGCUCCACUUUGAACGUCACGUCCACGGGGGGUGAGGCCCAGCGGGACGUGAAGCUGCUCCGCUCCAAGUCUCAAGCCCCGUCGUCGACAACUAAUAGCAACACUGCCCUGCCGAACAGGACACAGACGCCGGCGGAUGGUACUGCUGCCAUCCAGGGUCCUGACGCCAUGCCUGGUACCCGCUCUCAAAGUGAACCACCUCGAGAAAAGAAAAGGCCGGUUUCUUACCAUGAACAAAACGGUAAGGGAGGGUUGGGACGUGGUAGUGCUCGGAGAUCUGCUGGAAAGUUGCCAUCUCAGUCAUCUUUGGAUGAAAGAGUUGGCCUCGGCGAACGAAGGGAGAGACAGUUGGGCAAUGGUCACAGGCUAGAGAAGAUCCACUCUCAGGACUAUGAUAACGGGGAGGACGGCUUGGGUCGUUUGGAAAGAAAUCGCAGACGGACAGAGGACGAUGAACAGAGGGAACGCCAGCGACGUGAGGAGGAGUUCCAGAACCGCUACCGCAGUGACCCCAACCUUGCUCGGUACCCUGUGAAACCCCAAAAAGAGGAGCAGGAGAUGCGCAUGCAUGCAAAGGUUUCCAAGGUCCGCCAUGAACGUAGACACAGUGAUCUGGCAAUCAAUGAGGUCGGACUAGGGCCUGGUGAAGGAGGAGGCAGUGGAGCACAGUUGCCUGAAAACCGUUUGACCAGGAGGGGAAAUCGCAAAGCGCACUCAGAAAACCUCCGAGCUUACUCUGUGGAAAGGACCGCGCGGGAACCUGCGCGAGCCGUACCACCGCCGGAUAACAAGGACUGCUCGGAGCAAGGUUCAACACACCCGGCGAGAGACAAAGCUGGGGACAACCUGCUGAGGAAGGACUCUCAGAGUUCGGAACAGUCCGAGUCGUUGUGUCCGCCCCCUUCGCGGUCGUACAAGAGCAAGCGCGGAGUAAACAAGAGGCAGAUGUCCAUAAGCAGCUCAGAGGAGGAGGGCGGCUCUACGCCUGAGUACACCAGCUGUGAGGACGUGGACAUGGAAAGUGUCAGCGAAAAAGGUGACUGGGACUGUCAUCCACUUGACCCUGCAGUGUGGCAUCAUCCAGUGACGUGGCAGCCUUCUAAAGAGGGCGAUCAUCUGAUUGGACGCAUCACGCUCAGCAAGAGAUCAGCCAUGCCUCGAGAAGCUGGCUCCCUCCUCGGACUAAAAGUUAUAGGUGGGAAGAUGACAGAGACGGGAAGACUCGGGGCCUUCAUCACCAAAGUCAAGAAAGGAAGCCUGGCAGACGUGGUGGGACAUUUAAGAGCAGGGGAUGAGGUGUUGCAGUGGAAUGGAAAAUCAUUGCCAGGGGCAACCAAGAAAGAAGUGUACAACAUUAUUCUUGAAUCCAAGGCCGAGCCUCAAGUGGAACUAGUUGUAUCCAGACCCAUCGGAUCGAUUCAUCGAAUUAUGUCCAAAAACCUCUUGAGAAAAGUAUAUAAAGCAUAUCAGGACAUCCCAAGAAUUCCAGAGUCAUCGCACCCUCCUCUAGAAUCAACAGGUUCCAGUUCCUUUGAGUCACAGAAAAUGGAGCGACCUUCUAUAUCAGUGAUGUCCCCGACAAGCCCAGGAACCCUCAGAGACCUUCCUCUGGAGCUGCGUGGACAACUCUCUGUGAAGCUGUGGUACGACAAAGUAGGUCAUCAACUUAUCGUCAACGUCCUUCAAGCCAUAGACCUGCCAGCCCGACCAGAUGGACGACCCCGGAACCCAUACGUCAAAAUGUACUUCCUUCCAGACCGGAGUGAUAAAAGUAAACGCCGUACGAAAACCGUGAAGAAGAGCGCUGAGCCCAAGUGGAACCAGACGUUCAUAUAUUCACACGUUCACCGACGGGACUUUCGGGAACGCAUGCUCGAGAUCACCGUUUGGGACCAACCCAGGGUCCAGGAGGAGGAGAGUGAGUUCAUGGGCGAGAUCCUGAUAGAGCUGGAGACCGCCUUGCUGGAUGACAUCCCUCAUUGGUAUAAACUCCAGACCCACGAUGUGUCCUCCAUACCUCUGCCGCAGCCUUCGCCGUACCUCCCACGCAGAAAUGUCCACGGAGACAGCCCCAGCAAGAAACUACAGAGGUCUCAUCGCAUCAUUGAUACAGAGUUUGAUGAUGGUUUGAUGAUAAUGACUAAAGGAGGAGAGCGUAAUUCCAGGGAAAGAGAGCGAGGUAGUACGUUGGCUGUCCCCGAGCAGCAGCGUGCCAUCCAGUACCGCUCUCGCUCCGUAUCGCCCCACAGAGAGGACUCGUGCAGAGCGAGGUCAAGACCUGCACAUGUGCCCAUGCAGAGGAGCCUCGAUGAGAUCCACCAGAAUCGGCACCACUCCCAAUCCCCGUCCCACUACCAUGACUCCCAUUUGGAGCACCAACGGUCUGGUGAUUCGGACUUCGAGUACUCCGAAGACAGUGAGGUCCUGGAGAUGCACAGGUCAAUCCGAGGCGGCAGUGCAGAGUGCCUACACACAAACAGGAGCACAUGUAGACAUAGAAACACACUCCCCCCCAAAAUGCCCCUAUUAGUCAAUGGUGUCCAUAAAGACAUGUACAGCUCCACCCUCCCUGCAUGCCUAAAGAGCAGGCUGCUCCAAAGGCAAGAGGGGGGCAACAACAUGCAUCGUAACAUCUUUGCACACCGUGUGCUCAGGUUCACUGAUGAGGUCCCAGUUAGCGACCUGCAGCCGUCACUGGACAGAGUGAGGAGUGCCAGCACCACAUGUCUCAGACCAGACAACAACUUUCACUCUUCUGACAGAGACAGGCAAUGUAGCAAUACAGCAAGUCCAAACUGUCCAAAGGGCAGCAAAAAAGCCCUGGAGGGUGACAGUCGCAUCCAGCCCACCUCUAUCCUGAGGGGCAGUAGGGGAAGAGAGGGGCCACUGAGGCCCUUUGGCCAGGCAGCUUUGGCUGGGUCCUGUCCAACUUCUCCACAGACAGACAGAACACACCCUCACGGUAGCCCCUCACCCCCGACGGGGACCCCAUCGCCAGGUCGCAGGGGGAGGCAGCUGCCCCAGCUUCCCGCUAAGAGCAGCAGCAUAGAACAAGCUCUUGCAGUUGAAGAGCGAGCCCGACAGCUGCAUAUGAAAGUACAUUCCUACCGGCCUUCAGCCUCCAAUAACCCUGAGUCGGACCUCAAGACCAAACGGGAGAUGUUCGCAGAACAGCGUCGCAGUAGCGACAACAUGUCGGCCAGGUCGUCAGACAGUGAUAUGAGCGAUAUGUCGGCGCUCUCCCGUGCCAGCAGUGCUUCUCGCCUCAGUAGCACCAGCUACAUGUCCAUCCAGUCAGAACGCCCGGGGGGACGUCUAAGGUCUAAGUCAUUAGAGGAGGAGAAAAAAGACAGGCGGAUCUCGUGGGGGGUCACCGGAGAAGAGGAGAAGAAGAAGGCGACAGGGAAAAGACGCUUUUCUGAGGAGUUGAAACGCAGGCGACACACUGUAGCCGGUGAUACGGGGGAAUCAAGUCGGCAGAUGCGUGCAUCGGCGGGACGCAGCAUGCUGAAGAGCUCCAGCGUGAGCGGCGAGAUCUACAGCCAGGAGCGCACUGACGGCAGCCAAUCAGACACAGCGUUGGGCACGGUGGGCGCGGGCAGCAAGAGGAGACGAUCCAGUCUGAGCGCCCGCGUGGUGGCCAUCGUUGGCAGCCGCAGGAGUCGCAGCACUUCUCAAAUCAGUGGCCCUGAAGCCAAGACUAAGAAAGAGAAAGGCAUACCCAUCCAGAGGAGCACAGAGACUGGGAUGGCGGUGGAGCUGACCAGGAACAUGAGCAGGCAGCCCAGCAGGGAGUCCAACAAUGGCAGCAUGAACAGCUACAACUCAGAGGGGAAUUUGAUCUUCCCGGGGGUUAAUCUGGGAGCCAGCAGUCAGCUCAGUGACUUCCUGGAUGGCCUGGGUCCAGCUCAAUUAGUAGGCCGACAAACACUGGCUACACCUGCCAUAGGGGACAUUCAGAUAGGUAUGAUGGAGAAAAAGGGCCAGCUGGAGGUCGAAGUUAUCAGAGCGCGAGGUCUUGUACAAAAGCCAGGAUCUAAAUCUCUCCCAGCGCCAUACGUCAAGGUCUAUCUACUGAAUAAUGGCGCGUACGUAGCCAAAAAGAAAACCAAGAUUGCGCGUAAAACACUUGACCCGCUCUAUCAGCAAGCGCUGCUCUUCGAGGAAAGUCCACAGGGUAAAGUCUUACAGGUGAUUGUGUGGGGAGACUACGGCCGCAUGGACCAUAAAAGCUUUAUGGGAGUUGCACAAAUCCUCCUGGAGGAACUGGACCUAUCAAGCACAGUAAUCGGUUGGUACAAGUUGUUCCCACCUUCUUCUCUGGUGGAUCCGACUCUGGCCUCCCUCACACGACGAGCUUCUCAGUCGUCACUGGACAGCUCCUCCGGCCCGCCCGCGGUCCGAUCUUAGCUCAUUGCCGCUCUGCGAGUAACAAACUCCUAAAACUGCCAGAAGAGGCAACAAUCAGAAAAGACGAGAAAGCUUUGUUGAGAUCUGACAAUCACUCCUACCGUGGUUCAUUUAGCCCGUUUCAAUAUUUCAUUACCAUUUAAAGAAAUAUCUCCCUUUUUCUUUGGCCACACUGAAGACUGGGGGCUGUCGACAGGCAGUAGCUUUCAACUUUCAAGGCGAUCAAGCUGAUGGAGAUCAAACAAAGCAGGGUGGUUUUUAGCUGAAUCAACAAUAGCAAUGUAUGUAAGCGUUGGAAUGUAUGAACUGGAGGUCGAGUACUGGUGUCCUAUCUGCAGUCUCCUCCUCCAGAACCCCAUCAGACUGCCAGCAUCUCUGCCCACAGGCAGCGUGCUUCUACUUGGGUAUUUAUUCUGGAAGCACAGGGCCUUCUACUGGUGCCUAGACCCAAAAGCCGCAUCACCGGUCCCUCUCUCUGUCGAAAGAUCCACUUUUCCAAAUGUUUACCGUGGCUACCCUAAAGCCAUACUCUUUUAGUGCGUUUGCUUUGUUGUCCAUUUCUGGUUCUUCCUCUGUUACUGUUGGCACAAAAAUGUUUUGACGGUGCGUUAAAUGCUCAUGAUAUGUUGUCAGUCUGAUGUGUGAAUGAAGAGAAAAAACACAAGUCGUAAAAAAAAAACAAGAAUAUGAAAACAAUUAUCUCCCAAGUCUUGUGCAGGUAUGGGAGCUCGGUGAUUAAGUCACAGUUUAGGAUUUUAAACAUUUUUUGUUCUAUUGCUGACAAGCCGUGUCCUUGUAUGGAUGUGCAACAGGAGGAUGGCUGAUGAAUAUUCAUGUAACCAUCAAAUAUCACCAAAGGGAGAAAGUAAUCAGAUCAGAGUGGUACCUUGGUUUGCGGUUAGGUAUGCGUUGAUAACUGAAUAGUACAAAAAAACGCAACAAUUUUCCCCUUAAAAAAAGAAUGUACAUCUAAUUCAACCUUUCCAGACGCCUAAAAAUAUACGUUUGUUUACAAAAUAUAUAAACGUAGCCCUCCGCCAGGCCCUGAAUCCAGACGGUAAUCCAGACAUUUUGUCAUGAUCCGUAGUCCGGAUCAACGUUCCCUCUAAGUUGCGCACUGCGCACAGCAAAUUAAUGCCGCGCAGAAAAUCAAAAAUCCCAUCUGAACUUUAAAGGGGAAUAUUAUCACAAUUUCAGAAGGGUUAAAACCAUUAAAAAUCAGUUCCCAGUGGCUUAUUUUAUUUUUCGAAGUUUUUUUCAAAAUUUUACCCAUCACGCAAUAUCCCUAAAAAAAGCUUCAAAGUGCCUGAUUUUAACCAUCGUUAUAUACACCCGUCCAUUUUCCUGUGACGUCACACAGUGAUGCCAAUACAAACAAAGAUGGCGGAUAGAACAGCAAGCUAUAGCGACAUUAGCUCGGAUUCAGACUCGGAUUUCAGUGGCUUAAGCGAUUCAACAGAUUACGGAUGGUUGUAGUGUGGAGGCAGGUAGCGAAAACGAAAUUGAAGAAGAAACUGAAGCUAUUGAGCCAUAUCGGUUUGAACCGUAUGUAAGCGAAACCGACGAAAACGACACGGGAGAAAGCGAGGACGAAUUCGGCGAUCGCCUUCUAACCAACGAUUGGUAUGUGUUUGUUUGGCAUUAAAGGAAACUAACAACUAUGAACUAGGUUUACAGCAUAUGAAAUACAUUUGGCAACAACAUGCACUUUGAGAGUGCAGACAGCCCAAUUUUCAUCAAUUAAUAUAUUCUGUAGACAUACCCUCAUCCGCGCUCUUUUCCUGAAAGCUGAUCUGUCCAGUUGGGACUCAAAUUUUCAGUUCCUUAAAGGGGAACAUUAUCACAAUUUCAGAAUUGUUAAAACCAUUAAAAAAUCAGUUCCCAGUGGCUUAUUAUAUUUUUCGAAGUUUUUUUCAAAAUUUUACCCAUCACGCAAUAUCCCUAAAAAAAGCUUCAAAGUGCCUGAAUUUAACAACCCAUCCAUUUUCCUGUGACGUCACAUAGUCAAGCCAACACAAACAAACAUGGCGCAUAGAACAGCAAGCUAUAGCGACAUUAGCUCGGAUUCAGACUCGGAUUUCAGCGGCUUAAGCGAUUCAACAGAUUACGCAUGUAUUGAAACGGAUGGUUGUAGUGUGGAGGCAGGUAGCGAAAACGAAAUUGAAGAAGAAACUGAAGCUAUUGAGCCAUAUCGGUUUGAACCGUAUGCAAGCGAAACCGACGAAAACGACACGACAGCCAGCGACACGGGAGAAAGCGAGGACAAAUUCGGCGAUUGCCUUCUAACCAACGAUUGGUAUGUGUUUGUUUGGCAUUAAAGGAAACUAACAACUAUGAACUAGGUUUACAGCAUAUGAAAUACAUUUGGCAACAACAUGCACUUUGAGAGUGCAGACAGCCCAAUUUUCAUCAAUUCAUAUAUUCUGUAGACAUACCCUCAUCCGCUCUCUUUUCCUGAAAGCUGAUCUGUCCAGUUUUGGAGUUGAUGUCAGCAGGCCAGGGAAGCUCGGGUCGAUAUUCUUCUCUUGAUCAUCUUCGGUGGCAUAAGGGACGGUGUGAGCCAAGACAUCCAGGGGGUUUAGCUCGCUCGUCUGCGGGAACAAACUGCCGCCAUUGCUUGCCGUGCUACCGAGGUCCUUUGUCCCUGAAUUGCUCACACACUCCAGCAGAUUCAAUGGGGGUCUGGCGGCAGAUUUCUUUGACUUUAUGGUUGGAAAUGCAUCUGCUUUGAGUGUCGCAGGAUAUCCACACAUUCUUGCCAUCUCUGUCGUAGCAUAGCUUUCGUCGGUAAAGUGUGCGGAACAAACGUCCAAUUUCUUGCCACUUUCGCAUCUUUGGGCCACUGGUGCAACUUGAAUCCGUCCCUGUUGGUGUUGUUACACCCUCCGACAACACACCGACGAGGCAUGAUGUCUCCAAGGUACGGAAAACAGUCGAAAAAAACGGAAAAUAACAGCUGAUGUGACUCGGUGUUUGAGAAAAUGGCGGAUUGCUUCCCGAUGUGACGUCACAAUCGCUCCGAGAGCGAAUAUUAGAAAGGCGUUUAAUUCGCCAAAAUUCACCCAUUUAGAGUUCGGAAAUCGGUUAAAAAAAUAAAUGGUCUUUUUUCUGCAACAUGAAGGUAUAUAUUGACGCUUACAUAGGUCUGGUGAUAAUGUUCCCCUUUAAAGAAAUGAUGACACGAUCAGUCGUCCUGUUCAUUUUUUUUGUGUAGAUACUAGAAGACAGAAUGCGUUUUUCUUGUGCAACACUGUUCACGUAAAAGUCACUCGAUCCCCCCCCCCGCCCUCUCAUCUCGGGGUCCAAUAUGACCUGUUCCAAGCUGCAUGCGGGUUUUUUUUUGGUUUUUUUGUAAAGCCAAUCGGAUACAUGACAAAAAAAAGAUCCUGAUCUAGGUUACGUGUGUUUGUUCCACAUACUGUAGGGACGCUUGUAUGUUGCAUGCAGUUGUACAGUUUGCUUGUAAAUGAAUAUUAUUAAAGAGAUCAAGAAACUGAAGCCAUUCCCGUUACAACAAGCACAUGGUCGACUCGACGCCAUGUCCCUCAGUCAGGUGCUGAACGGCUAUCAAACAGAAGCUUAUAAGAUUAUGUUGACGUUGUCCCUUUAGUCUGUAACCUCACACCCCGAUCCUGCUGUUAUUCCACUUGAUGAUGUAUACCUCCAAGGAGCUGGUGUACUAGUAAACAUGUACGGUACAAAACAGAUCCACAUAUAUAUGGAAAUAUAACUUCUCUCUCAACGUAAAAACCUCAAAUAAACGCAGACGCACAGCCAGUGAUAAGACUUAUCAGCCAUCACACGUUGGGUUUCUCGCAGAGGGCCGCGUGGCGAGGAGUUAUUCGGGAUUCGGGACCACGCCGUGAGACGGCGAAAAAAGGCAACAGACGUGGGUCGCAAAGUCUGUAAAAGUUGUUUUUCAUUUCUCGUUUUUGUGCUGAACCCAGGUCAUCCCUCUUUUGGAAAAGGUUUUUCUUUGCCAGUAUUAACCGGGAAACAUUGAUUGUUUACAACGUGUGUGUUCCACCGCGAGAAAAUUGGACAAAAAAAGUCGUCAAGCGUUGAGUGCAGCAAUUCUUGUUUGUAUAGCAGAUGUGGCUCAGAUGACGUGUGUGUUUUUAUAUUUCGAAAAGUUCAUUUUUAUGAUUUACAAAUAAAAAGAAUGUGUGGAAGAAGUAUGUUUUCUCUGCCUGUUGCGUUUUGACAGAAACUUAUUUCACCAAGAAAACACUUGGCUCUCCAACUGCCACCAUAAUGACCAACAAUAAAAUAUAGUAGUGUAGUAGGCCCAAGUAUUCAUUAAAAAACAAAACAA